GAUUUGCUCAUAAAAAGAACAACCCAAGAAGCUUGCCUCCAUUCUCCGGCUCCCCUCGCUUCGAUCGGAGAACGACGAUGGAGGCAAGUGCUGGGCUGGUCGCCGGAUCUCAUAACAGGAAUGAACUCGUUGUCAUUCAUGGCCACGAAGAGCCAAAGCCAUUGAAGGCCUUGGAUGGUCAGGUGUGUGAGAUAUGUGGAGAUGAGGUUGGAAUCACAGCCGAGGGAGACUUGUUCGUCGCCUGUAACGAGUGUGGAUUUCCGGUGUGCCGGCCUUGCUACGAGUAUGAGAGGCGAGAAGGGAACCAACAGUGUCCCCAGUGCAAGACUCGGUACAAGCGUCUCAAAGGGAGCCCAAGGGUUGAGGGAGAUGAAGAUGAAGAAGACGUGGAUGAUCUGGAGCACGAAUUCAACAUGGAGGACGAGCAAAACAAGCAGAAACAUCUCGCAGAGGCGAUGCUCCACGGAAAGAUGAGCUAUGGAAGGGGACCCGAUGACGACGACAACGUCCAGUAUCCUCCGGUUAUUGCCGGUGCAAAAUCUCGGCCGGUGAGUGGUGAGUUCCCGAUUUCAGGUCAUGGCUAUGGAGAUCAAAUGCUGUCAUCUUCACUCCAUAAACGCAUACAUCCUUACCCUUCAGACGACCCUGGAAAUAUGAAGUGGGAUGACAAGAAAGAGGGAAGCUGGAAAGAGCGCAUGGAUGACUGGAAAUUGAGGCAGCAAGGAAAUAUCGGUCCUGACCCGGACGAUGCAGUUGACCCGGAUAUGCCAAUGACGGAUGAAGCGAGACAACCCCUAUCAAGAAAAGUACCGAUUGCUUCUAGCCUGGUCAACCCAUAUCGAAUGAUCAUCGUGAUUCGUCUGGUGGUGCUCGCUUUCUUUCUUCGCUAUCGAAUACUAAACCCGGUGCAUGAUGCCAUUGGGCUAUGGCUUACCUCUGUCAUCUGCGAGAUCUGGUUUGCCAUCUCAUGGAUCCUCGAUCAAUUCCCUAAAUGGUUCCCCAUCGACCGUGAAACCUACCUCGAUCGUCUCUCUCUCAGGUAUGAGAGAGAAGGUGAGCCAUCGAUGCUAUCUGCGGUGGAUAUAUUUGUGAGUACAGUGGACCCAUUGAAGGAACCACCUCUAGUUACAGGAAACACUGUGCUUUCGAUCUUAGCCAUGRACUAUCCAGUCGAUAAGAUCUCUUGCUAUGUCUCUGAUGAUGGAGCCUCCAUGCUUACAUUUGAAUCUCUCUCUGAAACUGCCGAGUUUGCUCGGAAAUGGGUUCCCUUCUGCAAGAAAUUCUCCAUUGAGCCUAGAGCUCCAGAGAUGUACUUCUCUCUCAAGAUGGACUAUCUCAAGGACAAAAUCCAGCCUACAUUCGUCAAGGAGCGUCGAGCUAUGAAGAGAGAAUAUGAAGAAUUCAAGGUCAGAAUAAAUGCACUGGUUGCUAAGGCUAUGAAGGUUCCUCCAACAGGGUGGAUAAUGCAGGAUGGCACACCAUGGCCAGGAAACAACACUAAAGAUCAUCCUGGUAUGAUUCAAGUYUUUCUUGGUCACAGUGGAGGUCUUGAUACUGAAGGAAAUGAGCUUCCUCGCCUUGUUUAUGUGUCUCGUGAGAAGAGACCAGGCUUUCAACAUCACAAGAAAGCAGGUGCCAUGAAUGCUCUGAUUCGGGUUUCUGCAGUGCUCACUAAUGCUCCUUUCAUGCUGAAUUUGGACUGUGAUCACUAUAUAAACAACAGCAAGGCUGUCCGAGAAGCAAUGUGUUUCUUGAUGGACCCCCAGAUCGGAAGGAAGGUUUGCUAUGUUCAGUUUCCUCAGAGGUUCGAUGGCAUUGACAAGCAUGAUCGAUAUGCCAACCGAAACACAGUCUUCUUUGAUAUUAACAUGAAAGGCCUAGAUGGACUUCAGGGUCCAGUAUAUGUGGGUACUGGGUGCGUCUUUAGACGACAAGCUCUCUAUGGUUACGAACCCCCCAAAGGUCCAAAGCGUCCCAAGAUGGUUAGUUGUGACUGCUGCCCUUGCUUUGGCCGUCGGAAGAAGCUGCACAAGUAUGAAGCUGAACAAGGAACGGAUGAUGACAAGGAGCUGUUGAUGUCCCAAAUGAAUUUCGAGAAAAAAUUUGGACAAUCAGCGACUUUUGUGACUUCUACACUAAUGGAGCAAGGAGGUGUCCCUCCCUCUUCCAGCCCAGCAGCUCUGCUCAAGGAAGCCAUUCAUGUAAUUAGCUGUGGCUACGAAGACAAAACUGAAUGGGGUACUGAGCUGGGUUGGAUUUAUGGGUCUAUCACGGAGGACAUUCUGACAGGCUUCAAGAUGCAUUGCCGGGGUUGGAGGUCUAUUUACUGCAUGCCCAAGAGGCCUGCAUUCAAAGGAUCUGCGCCCAUCAAUCUGUCAGACCGUCUCAACCAAGUUCUCCGAUGGGCUCUUGGUUCAGUCGAAAUCUUCUUCAGUCGCCACAGUCCCCUCUGGUAUGGCUACAAGGGUGGACACUUGCACUGGCUUGAGCGCUUCGCAUACGUCAACACCACUGUCUACCCAUUCACCUCCUUGCCUCUUCUUGCUUACUGCACCCUCCCUGCCGUCUGCUUGCUCACCGGAAAAUUCAUCAUGCCCACGAUAAGCACAUUCGCCAGUCUCUUCUUCAUUGCGCUUUUCAUCUCAAUCUUUGCAACCGGCAUUCUGGAGAUGAGGUGGAGUGGAGUGAGCAUCGAGGAAUGGUGGAGGAAUGAGCAGUUCUGGGUCAUCGGUGGUGUCUCAGCCCACCUCUUUGCUGUUGUGCAAGGCCUUCUCAAGAUCUUGGCUGGCAUUGACACCAACUUCACUGUCACUUCCAAGGCUUCAGAUGAUGAAGAGUUCGGCGAGCUCUAUGCCUUCAAGUGGACUACUCUGCUGAUCCCUCCUACCACCCUCCUAAUCAUCAACCUGGUUGGGGUGGUUGCUGGCAUAUCAGACGCCAUAAACAAUGGCUACCAGUCAUGGGGUCCAUUGUUCGGAAAGCUUUUCUUCGCCUUUUGGGUGAUUGUCCAUCUGUACCCAUUCUUGAAGGGUCUCAUGGGGCGGCAGAACCGGACCCCAACUAUAGUUGUCAUCUGGUCAGUGCUUCUAGCUUCCAUAUUCUCCUUGCUCUGGGUCCGAAUUGACCCAUUUGUGCUUAAAUCCAAGGGCCCUGACACUAAACAAUGCGGGAUCAAUUGUUGA